AUUUUUGUUAUUGCUAAUGAUAACGCGAGCUAACAAGGAUAUAAAACAUUGAUGCGCGCACGAAACUAAUUAUUAUCUACUUGACUGUUGGUACUAAUAACACUAGUAUAUAACACAUUAUUAAGUAAUUUAUAUAUACUGUGAAACUCUUUAGUUUUAAAACCUGAAAAUUAGGACAGACCUUUUUUCGAAGUUGGUUUUAAGAGACGUUUGUAUUUCAAAAUGCACGGAGAAAUACCAGUGUUGACAAGAUGUUGUAUCUGUUUUCCUUUGCGACAUGGCUUGCUUGCGUGGGCUUAUUUCAGAUUGAUUGUAACCGGUGCCUUUUUUACUAGCCUCACGAUCAAUUUCAUAGAAUUUAUAAAUAAUGACAAAGUAAGAUAUCUGAAAGUAAUGGGAGUAGUGAUGUUCAUCCUCUUCACUGAUAUUGUGUUGACUUCUAUGUUUGUCGUUGGAGGACAUUUGAAAAACCUGCAGAUAUUAAAAGCGUUUUACAUCUACUCUAUAUUCUUGUGGUGUCUGAUGAUGUUGCUUGUCAUGACGCUGACUGUGCAAACGGUGGACCAAUUGAGAACAGCCACAUACCAUAGAUAUGUUAGGUUCCUGAUACUGGACCUGACUAGCUUCGUUUUCCAAGUCAUGAUCCAGUCCUAUGUUAUUCUGCUGGUAAGGAGUGAGAUAGUGAAACUGUCAAAUAACUGUGAGUUCAGGUUUGUCAACAAUGCUGCACAAGUGGAACUCCAUUUUAAGGGUGAUGAUGAAGAUACUGAGCAACCAAACCUUCAGAAAAAUGGAAAUAUGAUUGUUUAGAAAUAUAGAAACAAUACAUGAUGUAAAUUGUAUUGUAUGACUCGUAUUCAUAAUAUUAAAUUAUUUUUUAAUCUUCUUUUGUUUUUCCACAUGGUAUGACAUAGUUGUAAACUCUGUAUAAAACCUAUUCUGCACUAUUGUUUAGUAGUAUUUAAUGAAGAAAGAAAAAAUAAGAAACAUGAAAUGUGAUAUUAGAAAUAUUAUGUAAUUAAAUAAAACUAUUAUUAGCCUA